AUGUCGAAUUUGUCGAAGCUUGAGUUUGUGGCACUUGAUAUCUCGGGAAAGAAUUACCUAUCAUGGGUACUUGAUGCUGAAAUUCACCUAGACGCCAAAGGUCUUGGUGCCACUAUUACUCAGGAUAAUACAACAUCAAGUCAGGACAAAGCGAAGGCAAUGAUUUUCCUUCGUCAUCAUCUGAAUGAAGGAUUGAAGGUUGAAUACCUGACAGUGAAAGAUCCACUUGAAUUGUGGACUGGUUUGAAGGAAAGGUAUGACCACAUUAAGGUAACGGUAUUGCCCAGGGCUCGUUAUGAGUGGAUUCACUUACGGUUACAAGAUUUUAAAACUGUAUGUGAUUAUAACUCUGCUGUCUAUAGAAUUACUUCCCAACUGAAAUUAUGUGGGGAUAAUAUAACUGACGAGGAUAUGUUGGAAAAGACUCUUACGACUUUUCAUGCCUCCAAUUUGGUAUUACAACAACAGUACCGUGAAAGGGGUUUUAAAAAGCAUGCUGAUUUGAUAUCAUGUCUUCUUGUGGCUGAGCAGCACAAUACCCUUUUAUUGAAAAAUCAUGAAGCCCGUCCCACUGGAACUGCUCCAUUCCCGGAAGCGAAUGUGGUAGCAACACAUGGCCCAACUGAAAGAAGACAAAAUAAUCGAGGCCAUAAUAAUGAGCGUGGGCGUGGCAGGGGCAAGGGACGAUAUAAUAAUCGUCGUGGUGGUGGUCACCAUAAAAGGGAGAACAAUAUGGGUUAUCAAGGCAAUCCUUCAAGGAACAACUGUCAUCGUUGUGGUUUGAAAGGUCACUGGAAAAAUGAAUGCCGGGCGCCUGAACAUUUUGUCAGGCUUUAUCAAAAUUCCUUCAAAAGAAAGGCAAAUAGAGGUGGUGCCUCUUCUGCUAAUGCCCGGGUGGAGUCACACAUGACUUUUAAAAAUAACGAUGAGGCAGGGCCUUCACGAAAAUAUGAUGAUAAUGUUGAAGCUAAUUUGGCUUUGAAAGAUGAUGAUUUUGAUGGGCUUGAUGAUAUUACUCAUUUGGAAGUUGAAGACUUCUUUGGAGAUCGAAAUUGA